GUAAGUAAAAGUGAAAGAGUAAAAAGAACGAAACCAGAGAGAAAAGAGAGAGAAAAUUAGAAAGAGAGAAGAGAGAAAGAGAAAAUGAAAGAAUAAGAGAGAGAGAGAGAGAAAAAAAUUAGAGGGAUAGAGAGAGCGAAAGAGAGAGAGAAAAGUGAGCGAGAGAAGAAAAAUUCUCUUAAUUCAUUCACUCUCCAUUUUCUUCUUUCUCUCUAAUACGAAAUAAGUGAUAAUUUUUGUGCAAAACGGAUAACAAAACCAUCAUCAACUUCCAGCAUCUCUUUUUGCAUCCUCAUCAUCAUCUUAAUCCAUCAUAUGAUCUACAAGAUUAAAAUGAAACCAUUCAGAUACAGUUGAGGAUAAUUAUCGGAAUCAAAAGGAGUUUCAAAGAAAAUUAUCAAUUCUCAAUUCUCAAUUCUAGACUCAAUUAUAUUCCAUGUUGAUUGUGAUCUUACCUUUAUAUGUGUUCAUCAAUUUAAAUGGUAGUAAUUAAUUGCUACACAACUAAUUAGGAAUCAUUAGUUGUAAAGCCAAAAGUUUUACGGAUUUGCGAUUAUUCAUCAAAUAAUUAAUGUAUAAGAAUAAUUAACGAUAAUAAUUUAUAUUAUAUACUCUUCUUUAAAAGUAAAUCAUAAUAAUAUUACAAAAUAAUUAAUAGUUCAAAGAGAUAGAUAAGUUAAUAUAAUAGUAGUAAUUAUAAUUAUUAAUUUAUAAAAGUAAUAGUAUUGUAAUUAAUUUGAAUUAGUUAUCAAAAGGUGACAUUUUCAACAGGUAAACAAUCAUGUGUGAUAUGAGUUCAUAUUUUACAAAUACAUCGGCUUAUGGUCCAGCUUCAAAUGGACAUGAUAGUUAUGCAAGUGAAGCUCAUCAUCAUCACUCACUCUCUCAGUGUCAUGAAAAUGGACGAGUACCUGGACCAGGAGGAGGAGGUGGUGGUGGUGGAGGAACUGGACAUUAUGCUAACUAUCAGCAAAUGCAAUAUUCACCUGGUUUAACAUCAUCUUCAUCAACUUCAUCAUCACAACAUCAACAACAACCUCCACCACCUCAUCCACGUUUUCCUCCUUUCGAUCGGUUAACACUCAGGGAAUUGGAAGCGACCAAUUCUCAUGAAGUUAAGUACGAACCUUCAACUAUUCCAUAUUAUGGUUGUUCAGGUAAUGGUCCAUCGGGUCCACCGCCACCUCAUCCUGCUGGUCCUCCGCCUCAGGGAAAUCAUCAGACAACUGUAUCUACAAUACCACCACCCCAAUUAUCAUCUCCACCACACCAACAACAAUCAACUGUAUCUCAAGCCCAACAGGCUCAACAACAACAACAAUCAGCUCAAUCGUUAACAUCACUCUAUGAUUGUGGUGUUGGUGGAGGCGGUGGUGGCCCUAGUCGAGGUCACAGUUUAACACCUCCUCAUGAUCCAACAAAUCAACAAUAUGUUAGCUGUAAAAUUCAACAAAUGGGUUAUGGUCAUCCUCAUCCUAGAGAUUUAAUGACCGAUCCACAGAGUCACAUGUUACAGGUAUCAGGUUCAUCUCCGCCGCCGAUGCCUGUCAAUCAAAGUGGCAAUCAAAUGUAUCCUGGUCCAGUAGAAAGUCCUGGUGAACCAAACUCAAGUUCAUCAAUGGGCAAAAAUUAUUUCCCUUGGAUGAAAAGUCAAUUUGAACGUAAAAGAGGUCGACAAACAUACACCAGAUAUCAAACCCUCGAACUGGAGAAGGAGUUUCAUUAUAAUCGUUAUUUAACUCGACGUCGACGAAUCGAAAUAGCCAAUAUCUUAUGUCUAACAGAGCGACAAAUUAAAAUUUGGUUUCAAAAUAGACGAAUGAAGUGGAAAAAGGAAAAUAACAAGAAAGAUAUGAAUUCGGGCGAUACCAUGACCACAGGAAAUGGAACAGGAGGAAUAGGCUCAGGUUCUGGAGGAAGUAAUAGCAGUGGAGGAGCGGAAAUCGGGGGCAGUGUGAGUGGGAGUGCAAAUGGACCAAAUAAUCGAAUGGCCACCAAUCAAUCAUAGACAAAUAAUUCGAGAAAACCAACACCAAGAAUCUACAUCUUUAUUUAUACUCUAGGGAUUCUUUAUAUAUAAAUGAGAUAAACAGAUAACAAAUUCACUGCGAAGGAAAAACCAACCCCAAAACCAAAGAGCCGAAGCCCUUGGAACCUGAAAAAAGAACAGAAAAAAAGUCUCUUUGAUUUAAUCGAUUAAAAACUGCGCCAUUCGAAUGAGUUGCCAACAAUUCACAUAGAUGGCGGUGUAAAUUAUUCUAAUGAAAGCUAAUCUUUAAGAGAAUGGGUUAACCGAUAGAUGGCUCUGUAUGUAACAUUUUCGAUAAAAUCGAAGGUGAAAAGAAAUGGAAGUCGAAGGGCAAAAGGGGGAGUUCAGAACUUUUUAUAAAAUUGACCCUCUUGUAAAUUGUCAUCUAGUUAACUCAAAUUCGAUGGAUGAACCAGUAAGAGAGAAUUGAUUCCAAUCGAUUGUAAGAUUAAUAUAUUCACAUCGAAUGAGAAUCAUUUGGAAUCUCAUGAGUUAAUAUUGAGUCGAAUUACAGUUACAUACAAACUACAUAAUAACAGAAUAAUGAUAAUCUUCAUCUGAGAAAACAAAUCAUCUAAUUAUCCUAAACUUGUAUCAUCUUUUCUAACCUAUCAUCUGAUUAUCAUCAUUAUCAUCCUCAUCUUACUCUUUCUUUUGUCAAUCCCAUCAUUUUCCUCUCUCUCUCUCUCUCUAUUGAAACUAAAACGACAUAAUAACACACCAAUUGAAAAAGAAAACUCAGCAUCUCAAUGAUUAUUUUCUCUUCAUUUUGUCUUCAUAAGGUUAAUGAAGAAUUAGAAAAGGAAAAGUUUCCGAUGUAAAAUUUUGAGGGUCGAUAACCACUGGUUCCAGUUUCUUAUUCUUGGACCUCAAAUUUUGUUGUUCCUUUGUACCUUCAGGGUGAUACGUGGCUCCUUGAAUAAAUCAUGAUAAUGAUUAAGGUAUGAAGAUAAUGAUGAGAAAUUAGUUGAGCGUUUUUUGGGUCUCACUCUCUCUCUCUUCUCUCUCUUGUUAUUACAUAAAUAUUAUAUUAUAUAUACAAAAGUAUAGGAAAAUAUUUUAUUAGGUUGAACCUAAGUUGAUAUUUUGAUGGAAGGUUAAAAUCAAUAUGAUAUUUGAUUUUUAAAAUUAGAGUUUGAAAUUGAAGUUGUUGUUAUCAUGAUGAUCAUGUAACAUAAUUUCAAUUAAAAGGAAAACCUUUCAAUCAGAUAAUUACAAAUUCAUUGGGUUAACAUUUCAAUUAGUAUGUUUUUCACGUAUUAUUUUCAAUACCAUUUAAUUUACUCAUCAUAUCUAUUAAUAAGUAACAUCGAUUCUUCAUCUUCAUUUAUUCAUUAAACUUUCAUAAUCUUUUAUUUAAUAGACAACAAACAACAAACAACAACAAUAACAAUAACAAAUAGAAAUAGAAAUACAGUCUCUCCAAUAAAAGUAAAAGUAUUAAGGAUAAUCACGACCAGGGGCUCGAUACUGACCCUACCCAACCCAAUUUAACAUAACCUAAUCUCUGACCUAACCUUAGGUUCAAUGUCCUUAAACAGCACGACUUUUAGGUCCAUUGAUAAGCAACAGAAAACCAAUAACACCAGAGGUGUAAAUGUGCCAAUGUUGUGACCAGAAAAACAAAUCAAGAAGAAAAAAAGUUUCUCCAUCAAAAAUUAACAAUCAAAAUACUUUUCAUUUGCAAUUCAAUUGGUAAUUUAAUCAAUCUCAUCAAGCAGCUCUUCUAAUUGCUCAAAUAUCAACUAGUAAUAUAUAAC